AUGGCUGAACAUAUCCCUAAAUUUGAAAACUUAAAGCUUGGAAAAAAGAUUUUUAGAGUUGUAAAUAUAAACUAUGCGGAUUUGACUUUGAAUAACAAUCAAAAAUAAGAAGAAAAAGCUGCUUAGGUUUAUACUAAUUGGAGAAACACUGAAUAGAAUUAAAAAUAAAUUGAAAGCGAAAUUCUAUAGAAAAAAAGUUUAAAAUACCAUAAAAAUUAGGAAAAUUCAAGUUAAUGGGAUGGCUAGUGGGGAACUGAUAUUAGAGCCCUUAACGCCUCCGAAUUAGCUGCAACUAUCGAUACAGGCGAUUACUCUCACUUUGUUUCAAUUCCACUCUACAGGGAUGAAAAAUUAAUCAAGAAAUUAAAUGACUUUAAAGGUAAAGUUAAUGAAGUAUUUAACAAUAAAUACUCAAGCAACUUACUUAAUGAUAUGAGAACUGCCCAUAUUACUUUAUUAAUGUUAAAGCUAAAUACUCAAGAAAGAUAGAAAAAAGCAGUUGAGUGCAUCAAAAAUUCUGAAGCUGUAAUUAGAGUUUUAGCAGAAGGACUCAAAAAGUUUAACAUAAAAGGAUUAGGAUAUUUUGGCAAAAAUGACAAGCAAGCAACAACAGUUUAUGCAAAAAUUGAUGAUCCUCAAUUUAUUAGUUUUUUAAACGAAGUUACUAAUGUCUUAGUAAGGGAUUUCAUGGAUUUUGGCUUAUUAAAUGAUGAAGAUUUAUCACAUAUUAAAAAAGAUUCUGAAGGCAAAUAUAUUUGCGAAUAAUUGCAUAUAUCUCUUUUAAAGGCAGCUAAAUAAAAAAAUAAAAGUAGCACUUUUGAUGCCUCAGAAGUCCUAGAUUAGUUUAAGCAUUUUGAAUUUUACAGUGCCAAAUUCUCAACUUUAGAUAUCUCCACAAGAGGAGAGUUUAUGGCUAGUAACGGCUACUACCUUCCAAUCACAUCUUUUACUAUUGCAAUUUGA